AGAGAGAGAGAGAGAGAGAAGUAGAGAACAAAGAAACGGUCGUUUGCUCUUUCUCUCUCCUCCGUUGAAUUCGAUCCUAACCUCUCUUUCUCUCUCUAGAAUUCUCGAGAUCUCUCAAUGGCCGAUCAGCUCACCGACGACCAGAUCUCCGAGUUCAAGGAGGCCUUCAGCCUCUUUGACAAGGACGGAGAUGGUUGUAUCACAACCAAAGAACUUGGAACAGUGAUGAGAUCUCUCGGUCAGAACCCCACUGAGGCCGAGCUCCAGGACAUGAUCAACGAGGUGGACGCUGAUGGCAACGGAACCAUUGACUUCCCAGAGUUCCUCAACCUCAUGGCUCGCAAGAUGAAGGAUACAGACUCCGAGGAGGAGCUCAAGGAAGCAUUCCGUGUCUUCGACAAGGACCAGAACGGCUUCAUAUCAGCUGCUGAACUCCGUCAUGUCAUGACCAACCUGGGUGAGAAGCUAACUGAUGAGGAGGUCGAUGAGAUGAUUCGUGAAGCUGAUGUUGAUGGAGAUGGCCAGAUUAACUACGAGGAGUUUGUCAAAGUCAUGAUGGCCAAGUGAGGAAUUUUAUAUCGAUCCCUCUCUUAUAAAUCUGGUCCUUAUUUUAUUAGAAGCCAGAAAAAAGAAAUUCAAGGGCAGUUAAGUAGUAGUACUAGUAAUAUUAUGAUUUUAAGUUCAUGCUGUUGCUCCGUUUGUAGGUAGUUUAAAUUUGAUAGGUAAGGAGAACACAAACGGAUGAUGGUGAUGAUAUUGUGUGUUUGUGGCUUGGUGGUUGUGGUACUUUUUUCUAUGUUUUUUGUGAAUUUAUGCUUUUAAUGCUGAUCUUGUUUUCUCAUA